AUGUGCUCGCAGCCGGGUGCCGCCACCGCCGCCGACUUUAACAACGACGGGCUCAACGACAUUCUCGUCUCAUGCGUUUCGGAUGUGGUGAUUUUUCCCGCCUCGGGUACACCCGGUGCCGUCACAUUCACCAACGGUGGAUCGGUCUACACCUCGACGGUCGAGUACGCGUGGCAUUUGGCCACCGCUGACUUUGACGGCGACAACUUUAUGGAUGUGGCCAUGACGUUCAACCGCGACAGGGUUGUCGUUCUCAAGAACCGCGGCGUUCUCGGAACGCCGGCCUUUGACGUGGCCAUGACUGACAACGCCGACACCAACAACGUCGGCCACAUCCGCAUCUACGACGUCGACGGCGAUGGACUUCUUGACAUCGCCGUCCCGGUCGGCUACAAGUUCGGCUCACACACCGCCCGCUGGUGGCGCAACACCGGCGGCGGCACUUUUGACACGUCGGAAAUCGCCAUCGGCUCCAUCUCACUCCCCUGGGUUCGCGACUUUGCCAUGGGUGAUCUCGACGCAGACGGCGACCUCGACGCCGUCGUCGUCGGCAAGUUUGGCGUCGCCGUCACCUACAACCUCGGCGCCGGCACGUCUUGGGCGCCAUGGCUCCAGUUUCAGGGUGACAACUAUCCCAGCGGCAACGGCGAAGGCCAAAACUUUGGCGGCGCACAGAUGGUCGACAUGGACAACGACGGCGACCUUGACGUCAUUGCCUACCAGAUCACCAACCAUGGCCUGUGGAUGCUCGAGAACAUUGCGCCCAACGCGUCGGCUCCCGUCCUCGCCUCGAGCCUCGUCCAAGUCAUCCCCACCCUCGGCUCGCCCAACUGGUCCUCGCUCCUUGUCGACUUUGAUGGUGACGGCAUGCUCAACGACAUCAUUCUCUCCAACUGGCGCGGCGCCAUGGUCUCGGUCAUCCACAACAUCGGCCUCAACGCCGCAGGCGCAUUCUCAGGCUCCAUCACCACGCCCAUCCGCAACACUGCUGCGCUCCUCACCGCUGACUUUGUCGACGUCGACUCGGACGGCGACUCGGACCUGCUCGUUGCUGGCCGCGACGAUGACACCAUCUGGUGGCUCGAGUCCGGUCGCACAGCCAACGCCGUGAGGACCCUUGACUUUGACCAGGACGGUGACGUCGACAUUCUCGUCGGCGCCGCUGGAGGUGAGCACGCCACCCUUUUCCCCAACUCAGGCGCUGGCACCUUCCACUCUUCCAUGGACGUCACCCUCUCGUCGCCGCCUACCAAGUUUGACAUCGAUGACGUCGACCGCGAUGGCCUCCUCGACAUCACCAUCAUCGACGAGUUUCAGGGCAUCUGGAUCCUCCGCGGGAACGAUAUCACCUCGCAAGUGUCGCCGUUUGAGUCCAUCAAGCUCGCAGACAUCGCCAAGCCACGCCUGGCGCGUGUCGGUGGCGCCGCCUGGGGCGAUGUCACCGGUGAUGGCAACCUCGACCUCAUCUGGUGGGACCUCGACACGAAAACCGUCUGGCUCGAGCACAACGUCGGCCAGCCGUUUGCCGACUUUGGCACCAACUACACUGCCAUCGGAUCCUCAUCCUACUCAAACGGCUUCUCCGAGCCGUGGAUUCUCGACUACGACGGCGACGGCGAUAACGAUGUCGUCCUUCGCCACUCUCAGGGCAAGCGCAUGCUUGUGUGGGAAAACUCUGAUGGCAACGGCACUCUCUGGUCGUCCCAGGCCGUCGUCCAGACGCUGCCGAACGAGCCCAACUUUCCCGUUGUCUUUGGCGACAUCAACGGCGACGGCUUUGCCCUCGACUUUGCCGUCUGCUACUUUAAGAAGUUUGUCGAGUACUGCUACUGGUACGAGCACAACCCGGCCGCCGCUGUCUGGAUCCAGCACCCGCUCCUGCCCGACGGCACCCCGUCGACCUCGUACGGUGUCCUGCUCAUGUUCAACCCCGACGGCGACGGCUCGUUUGACCACACCACACGCUCAACCUUUAUCGACUUUGGCUCACAACUCGAACCUUAUGCCGCCCACAUCGCCGAUGUCAACGCAGAUGGCGCCGCAGACCUCGUCGUCACCGCGGGGCCCUCGGUCUUUGUCUACAUACAGACAAUCUCGCUCGGUUUCCAAUUUGGCCCGCAGACUCUCGACGUUGAGCCCACGGUCUGCGGCUACAACAUGGCCUGCAUUGUCGCCGCGAUUUCGGCCUCGUCGGCCUGCGCCUCGUCAGUCACCGUCCGCGUUCCUGCCGGCCGCUACACUGGCUGCUUCUCGGCCCGCUCUGGUCCCUACAUCCUCGACAGCAUGACCCUCGUCCUCACUGCCUCCGACGGCCCUGGCUCAGUCGUCUUUGACUGCAGCGCCGACAUGGUCGGCGAGCCCACCAACGGUGGCGUUCUCUUUGCCCUCUCGGCCGACAUUGCCGCCACAGACGUCACCCUUCGCGGCAUCAACGUUGUCGGCGGCUCUGCAAACGUCGACGCCGCCGCAAACUCGCUGAUCUCCGUAUCAGGUGCCACCGCAUCGCUCACUCUCGAAUCGGUCUCCUUCACCGGCGUCGAUGUUUCCAACUCGAUCGAUGGAUCUCGCGGCGCGGUCCUCACCGUCGCCAACGGUGCAACGGCCUCGCUCAUCAGCGUCUCAGCCACCCACAUCACGGGCGCUAUCGCCGGUGGCUUUGCCUCCAUCACCGGCAAGGCAUCUUCGCUUGCAGUUGUCAACUCUACUUUUACCCACGUCUCCGCCACCACCAACGGUGGCGUCUUCUUCCUCGACACAACCAACGGUGCCUCGCUCACCGUCUCCAACUCGGUCUUCACCUCCAACUCGGCGUCUGGCGCCGGCGGCGUGGCCGCGAUCAACACUGUCGAUUCUGCUCUCUCUAGCCCUCCCGCGUCCUUUGACGGCUGCGUCUUUGCCGCUAACUACGCCCGCUACGGCGGCCUGUUUGCCGUCCGUGGUUUGGCUUUCCGUCGCGCCAUGACCGCCACCGCCACUUCUUUCCUCCUCUCGAACCCGGCCGCCCUCCCGCUCUCCGCCUCGCCGAGCGGUGCCGCCGGCGCGUCUGCCAGCCUGGCUCUCAACAACGCCCACUUUGCCGCCGGCAACCACGCCGAGUUUGGCGGCGCGUUCUUCGCUUGUGAUGCUCGCAUCGCCUGUGGCAGCUAUCUUGCACCUGGCCCUGCGCCUGCCUUUACCGCGGGCGCCGGCGGCAUCCUCUUCUCGUGCGCGCCUGGGGCUACCGCAGGCUUUGCGCCCAACACCGUCGCUCCUUGGGUCGAGGGCUCAGGCGCUGCCACGCUCGCCGCAACCGCCUCGUCGCUUGCUACAGUCUCACGCUACGGACUGCCGGCUGCUACGGCCGUGGCGAGCCUCACGGCCGCCAUCGCGCCGCCAACCACACGAAUGGUCGGCGUCGCCCUCGAGACUGGCGCCGUCAUCACCCGCGAUGCCCACGGAGCUGUCGUGGUCGAACCCGGCUCGGCCAUCACCUUUACGGUCACGCCCGACACCCAGUUCUCGCUCGCCGGCUCGGCUCCACUCACCCGCGGGCAGUCUAGUCUCUCGUUUGCUGACAUUGCUGUCUAUGCCGCCGACGCGUCCAUCUUUGACAUUUCCAGCCUCUCAGCGUCGGCCCAGAUUGUCGCGACUGUCUCGGGCCCGUCGGGCCUCAGCGUAGCGUUCCCUAUCACUGUCGAGCAGUGCGGCCCCGACUACGGCCUGGUCAGCCUCGACGGCAACCCACUGGCAUGCGACCUGUGUCCUUCCGGCGAGGCGUCGACCAUCACCUCGCUCGACCGCUGCGAGCCGGUGGUGAUUUGCCCUGAGGGUUCGAUUGUCAUCCGCCAAGAGUGUGUGACCUGUCCGGCCGGCUCGGACCGCGCCCCGCUCUCGUCGCCGCUCUACAACAACGGCACCAUCGAUGGCGUGCCGCCGUGCAUUUGCCUUGCUGACUACUACUCACCCGAUGGCACUAUUGAUUCCGAGUGCAUUGCAUGCCCUUCGGGUGCCGUGUGCGCUGGCGGGCUCGCCGCUCCUGUCUCGUCUGUCGGUCACUACCAGCUGGCAUCGGCCACACUCUUCGAAUCGUGCGUCCGUCCUAACGCUUGUCCGGGUGCCGACACGUGCGCUCCCGGCUACACUGGUGUCGGCUGCCGCAAGUGCGCCCCCGGCUACUACUCGACCCCUGAUCUCGAGUGCCGAUUCUGUCCGGGCGUCUCGUGGGUCAUGUUCUCAGCCUUUUGGUUUGUCCUUGUCGUGGUUGUCAUCUCCUGGUCCAUCUUCCUUGUCUGCAUCGACGCUGCGCUGGUGUCGUCGCUUCCGACACGAAGCUCUGGUCGUCCCACGCUCCCGCGCUCGCGCACAUCGUGGGCGAUGAUGCAGUCCAAGCACUCGCUGUCGCACAGGUCGCGAGUCCCGUUUGCGCUCUCGGCCACCAUUGUUUUCCUGCAGGUUGUGGGUAUCAUCGGCACCUCAUCGCAGCUCAAGUGGCCGUCGUCGUCAAAGCAAAUUUACCAGCUGCUCAACCUGGCCAACUUUGACACUUCGUACCUGGCCGUCGAGUGCGUGCUCGACGACUUUGUGGUCCGCUACACGCUCAAGACCAUGUAUCCGCUGGUCAUGGCGUUGCUCUUUAUCCCGCUUGCCGGCUUGCUCAAGACACCGCUUGCGUGCUCGAUCCGCCUCAAAGCCCCGCUCUCGGCAGUGCUGGAGAAGACCGUCGCCGUCCUCGGUCCCAUGCUGUACCUCUCGCUCUCGCGGGCCUCGCUUGUCCUCUUUGACUGCACUCGGACACCCGAGGGCACGUACACCUACGACGAAGACCCCUCGGUGGAGUGCUUCACCGGCGAGUGGCUUACUGUCCUGCCCAUCGGCAUCGUCGCCCUCAUCGUCUUCACCAUCGGCAUCCCGCUCUACCUUGGCCUGCGCAUCUAUCGUGUCCGCCACGAGCUCUCAUCGCCGCACGCGCUCGCCAUCUACGGCACGCUCUACGAUCUCUACCGUCAUCAUUACUGGUACUUUGAGUUCUCGCGACUCUUUCAGCGGCUCCUCAUUGUUGUCCUCGCACUCUUCCUCUCGCAGUGGCCUUUCUGGCAGAUCAUGGGCCUCUCGGCCGUCUUUGGCAUUUACCUGGUGUGUCAGAUCAAGAUUGAGCCGUACUACGACCCUAUGUACAACAAGAUGGACGCUACCCUCUCUGGCAUCGUCCUUGCCCUCCUCGGCCUUGGCUUUUGCUUCUACGCGGAAGAGUUCCCCACCGACGGCGUCCGCUACUUCUUUGAGAUCGCGCUCUGGGGUGUUCUUGCCUUUGCGCUUGCCGCCCUCCUCCACAACCUCUUCCUCGAGCUCAAACUCAAGCGCGCUGCCCAGUCCAAGGUGAGCCCGACCAACCUUGACAGUGCAGACACCUCGGCUUCGGCCGCCCUUCUUCUUAAGCACUCGCGCGAGGCCCACGUCUGGGCCAAUACCGAGUCACACCUCCUCGAGAUGUACGCCGUCGACGAAGCCAGCAAGGCCCGCCUCGCCACUGCCGUCGCCACCUUCCGCCACUCGAUCAUGACCGGCGCUGUCUUUGUCGACAAUUCGUCGCCGCAGCAGCUCUCCACCGCCGGCUCCAAGGCCUCGGUCGGUCUGGCCUCGACCGAGCUAGUGGACUCUGGCCCGCUCCCGCCACGCCCGCCGGCCGACGCGGAUGCCUCGUCGUCGUCGUCUUCAGACUCAAGCGAGUCGCCGGUCACCUCGCCGUCGGCAAAGAGCUUCCCCGCCUUUUCGUCGUCGGCAUCGAUGUCAGUAUCGGCCGCGGCCUCGCCGCGCCUCAACAAGUCGGCCGCGUCGCGAGGCAGCAUUGCCUCGCGCCGCCGCAUCAACGCCAGCGAACAUCCGCGAUCCAACGCCUCUCUUGCCCGCUAG